ACUAAUUAUUUCCAUCAACGUAAAACGUAAAGUGUAUCUAUGUGAAAUACCAAAUAUGUGUCUGAUUUCACAACAUUUGCUCAUUCUGUCAAAAUAUUUCGUCUCUACCAAAGGAAGUUUCUUUGUGAAAACUUUGAAAUAAUAUCUGAAGUUUAGCCGUAAAAGUUAUCAUCAAACCAAAAUGCCAUCCAAGAAAAAGAAUACUAAGACAGCUGUAAAUGAAUUCGACGAGGACUACCGCAGGAAGCGAGAACGCAAUAAUCAGGCAGUAAAGAAGAGCAGAGAGAAGACGAAACAGAACACAAUUGAGACGCAUCAGCGUGUUGAGAAGUUACGUGUGGAAAAUAAGGUCCUGGAGAACGAGAUUACAAACCUGAAGAAAAAACUGAAGCUGCUGAAGGAACUUUUCAUUGCCCAGGCAAAAGCAAAGAAUACCAGCGCAGCAGAGCUGAAAGACAUUAUAGGAAGUGAUACAGAGAGUGAAGAUGACAAGCAAAUGGAGGAAGAUGAUGAAGAUGAUGACGAUGACUAAGCGAAGACAGAGUAUAAGGGAAGAAUUAGGUUUAUUUUUAUGUAAAUAGAUUUUUUAAUUAACAAUGUUUAAGCAAUGAAA